CUUAGAGGACCUAUGUCUGGAGUGAGCAAAGUGCACAGAAAUGGAUAUUAAUGUGCUCCUGUUUCUUUAACAGCAGAGAGAGUGUCAUAAAUAUGUGCCUGUUUCUUUAAGAGCAGGGAGAAAGUGUGUGCGUGUGAGGGGGAGGGGGAGCGGGCUGCGUUGGAACAGUCCUCCUCUAAUGAGCAGAUUUGAGAGACACCAUAGAGAGAGAGAGACAGAGAGAGAAAGAGAGAGAGAGAGAGAGAGACAGAGAGAGAGAGGGAGGGAGUAAAGCAGAAGGAGAGAGAGAGAGGGGAAAUAAGACGACGACAAGCGACGGCGAGAAAAAAAAACCUGAUGAGAGCAGGUUGAUGGGGACCACAGGAGCAACGCACUCACAGGGAGCAGUUUAACGGGACAGGAUUGUGGAUAUUUGACCUCAGCACUGAGGAAAGAGACGCAACAGCCAGAGAGACAGAGAAGGGAAUAAGAGAGACAGAGAGGGAGAGAUGCAGGGAGAGCUGAAACAACAGAGUGGGACAGAGAGAUGAGGGCAGAGGAGAGGCGAAAUUAAUCAGUUGUAUUUGUUGUGGAGGAUCUGCGCCAGCACCGCCGAGUGUGUGUGCGUGUGUCUGCGUGUGUGUUUGCGUGUGUGUGUGUGCAUGUUUAUGCAUGCAUGCAUAUGUGUGUUAGCGUGCAGCAGGAGUGUGUGAGUCUGUGCCUGGAUCACACACCGCAGUGCUGUUUUCCUAAAAGAGAGCGCGAAGCCAGCACAAGACUCAUCUCUCCCUCUCUUUGUGUUAUUCCCCCCCUUUCUCUCUCCCUCCGUCCGUCCGUCUCUUCGAGAAUCAGUGCAGCAACAGCAGCGGCGGCGGCUGGUCAGCUGGGAUGACUGCACACCGGAGACGCCUCAGUCCCUGCCGCGCCACUAGCAUGGAUUUAUCAUUUUCAUAACGCAGCUGAUGCUACACGGCUGCCUCUGUAACUCAGUGGAUGCUUGCUGCAUGAUCCUAUAUCACCCGCCGGAUGCUGCGCGAUGGGUUAUAACCCAUGGGAUGUCGUGUUGUAACUCAGUGGAAGGCGUGUGAUCGUUUUCAGGAGCGGUGCAGUGUCUGGCCUGCGUUGCGUGGAGCUCCAGGCGUCUGACGCAGGGGGGGGGGAGCUGCUGCUGCUGCUGUUGCCGAGCGGCCCGGCAUCAGAGCAGUCAGUGGGGCUCAGUGAGAGAGAGAAAGAGAGGGUGCUGGGGAGGGGAAGGGGGAAACACAUGGCAAGUUUUGGCUUCCUCCCCAGUGUGCGCCUUCUGGGGCUCUGAUCUGAGCUGGAGUUUAGGUCGCAGUAGUUGAGGUGGAGGGAGAAUGGUCUGAAGCUCUAACGCUUUUCCUCAGGGGGUGGGAGCACCACCUGUAGGGAUCAGCUUUUAUACCUCCUUCCUAUCAGCUCUUCCCAUCGUUUAACCUCUCUACAACACCAAUCCUCUUAUUAGGGUUUGCUUAGGGUUUGUUUGUUGUUGUUUUUUUCCGCUUUCUUUUCUUCUUUUUUUUUGAGGUUUGGGGUAUUUGCCAAAACCUAUUUCAUGCAUGUCCACUGGGGGCAGGUUCAACUUUGAUGAUGGGGGGUCAUACUGUGGUGGCUGGGAAGAGGGCAAGGCCCACGGACAUGGGAUCUGCACGGGCCCCAAGGGCCAGGGCGAGUACUGCGGCUCGUGGAGCCACGGCUUUGAGGUGAUGGGCAUCUACACCUGGCCCAGCGGGAACACCUACCAGGGGACAUGGGCCCAGGGCAAGAGGCAUGGCCUGGGAGUGGAGAACAAGGGCAAGUGGGUUUACAAGGGCGAGUGGACCAACGGUUUCAAGGGCCGCUAUGGCCUGCGGGAGAGUACCGGGACCAGCGGCAAGUAUGAGGGAACGUGGAACAAUGGUCUACAGGACGGUUACGGAACGGAAACGUACUCGGACGGAGGUACGUACCAGGGCCAGUGGGUGGGCGGCAUGCGCCAUGGUUACGGGAUGCGUCAAAGUGUCCCGUACGGGAUGGCAGCAGUCAUCCGCUCCCCUCUGCGCACCUCUAUAAACUCUCUCCGCUCCGAACACAGCAAUGGCUCCGCCCUGCUGCCCGACAGGGUAGGGUGUGUCACUGGGCCUUCAGGUGGCGGCCCUGGGAGCAUGGCUACCAGCCCGUCGGUGUCACGUGGCGGCUUUGUCCUGACAGCUCAGAGCAGCGAGACAGAGCUUCUGGGGGCAGCAAAGAGACGUGGACUGUUUCGGCGGUCACUGCUGUCGGGGUUGAAGCUGCGCAAGUCGGAGUCGCGCAGCUCGUUGAGCAGUCAGCGGAGUAAACAGAGCUCAUUCCGCAGCGAGGCCGGGAUGAGCACUGUUAGUUCCGCAUCCAAUGCCUCUGACGUUAACUCCACCAUCAGUUUGGGAGAUGGUGAAUCUGAGCUGGCUGCUGCUGAGGUCACACCCGAUGAUGUGGACGCUACUGCGACUGAGACGUACGCAGGCGAGUGGAAGAAUGACAAGCGCACAGGCUGCGGAGUUAGCCGGCGCUCUGACGGACUGUGUUACCAUGGUGAAUGGCUUAGCAACAAGCGUCAUGGAUAUGGAUGCACCACGUUCCCUGACGGAACCAAAGAGGAGGGCAAGUACAAACAGAACAUUCUGGUGAGCGGAAAAAGGAAGAACCUCAUCCCACUCCGUGCGAGUAAGAUCCGAGAGAAGGUGGACCGAGCCAUGGAGGCCGCGGAAAAGGCUGCAGACGUAGCCAAGCAGAAGGUCGAGAUCGCCCAGUCCAGGACUGCCCAUGCUGGAGGUAAGGCGGAGGCAGCAGCCAGUGCUUCUCUGAAGGCCCAAGAGGAGUGUCAUCUGGCCCGGCUUACUGCUAAAGAGUUCAGCCCCUCCUUCCAGCAGCACAGAAAUGGUGUCGAGUGCAAGCGUCCGAAGCAACAGGUGUCCAGCGAGAAUGAGCUGGAGGUGCUGUCCAGUAGCACAGCCGACAGCCCAGACCUCUACAUGAAGACCACGCCUCCAAACCUAAGCCCUCCCACCGGUCGGCCCACCUCCCCCAAGAGCUCCGCCAACCGGCGCAAGAGCACUCGCUUCCUGCGUCAGAGUGCAGUGGACGACGAACAGGCGGGAGGAGGGGCCACAGAGAUCCAGGUCUUACUGGAGGGGCCCGGCGGGGCCCGGGGAUCCAGCAGUCGAGGGGGCAGCCGCUCCAACACCCCCUCAGCACCGGACGCCCACAACAACGGACACAAGCACCCGGCCAAUCACAGACCACGAGAGCACGGCUCCUCAUCCAAUCACAAGGCGGGGCGGGGCACGCGAAGUGGGCAUCGCCUGCAGCAGGGCGACGGACUGGGCCAGCUGGACGAGGAGAAGCUGAGCAACUACGAGAUAGAGAUGCGGCCACUGCAACCCCGGGACUCCACUUCCCAGAAGCACCACGGACAUGACGAGCAUCACCAUGGCGACGCGCGCUCUAACACACAACAGAGACAGCGGGCAAAGCUUGGGGAGCGGGCCCGGGAGGGGGGCAAAGACAGAGGUGGGUCGGGGGACUCAGAGCUGAAGCAGGACAUUCGAGGGGGAGGGGAGAAGCCGGACAGUCGACCACUGCGGAGGGACCUGACCCUCUCCCCCCCACAGAAGUCAAAACCCAUUGCACUAGAACACAAUGGCAAGACCCAGCUCAAGACUACUGGGGGCUCCAGCUCCAUUCUGGUUGUCAUGGUGAUUUUGCUCAAUAUAGGAGUGGCCAUCUUGUUUAUUCAUUUUUUUAUUUGAACUCUUUGGUCUCGGAUGGCUCACCUUCUUCAUGUCUCUCACAGCGUGGACGAACGGAUGGACGGAUGGACAGACAAGUACUAAGAGCAGGAAGGAGUGAUGCUGACAGAGACAACAUACACACACACACAUGUGCGGUGGGACACACACAGUGACAGACACCCUAAUGCAGCAGGACCUUUGGAUGGACAGCCCUGCAAGCCUGUCUCUGCUAAAACUCUCAGCUCUGGGUUUCAUUCCACAGUUACUGCAUCCUUUGUAAAAGACUUCUAGUUAAACUUCUUUAUUUAUACAGUACAUAUAUUAAGUUAUCCAUUAAGUUAUUUCUGUAUGAUAUUCAGUUUUUUUUUCUUUUGAAACUUUCCUGCCUUUCCAAUGCAGCUGGUGGUUUUGGUGUUUUUCUGGAUUUGAGUGUAUGUUAUCAUGAGGGACAAGUUACCCUAACAGGGGUGUGUGUGUGUUCAAGUGUGUGUAUGUACAUGGGAGGGGAGUGUGUUCAAGUGUGUCAGAAGAGGUAUGUGUCUGUGUGGUUGUGUCAGGAGAGUGUUGGCAUGACAUCAGUGGUGUGUGUGUAUGUGGGUGUGUGUUGAUUUGAUGUCGGGGAGGGGGUUAAAUGUCUUGAUGAUGGGAAACGGUUCCAUCUCUCAUCCCUACUCUUCCACAUGUCCUCUCUCUCUCUCUCUUCCUCUGUCUCUCUUUCUCAGUCUUUCUCUGUGCAUCUUCCCACCCCCCUCACCAGUCACCUUGCUCUCCUAACCCCACCCACCCCCUUCCCCUUUCUCCUCCUGUCCAACUCCACACAGACAACGGGAUAGUGCCAUGAGCGUGAAUUAAUGCGUGUCCAUGUAUGUGUGUGUGUGUGUGUGUGUGUGUAUGUGUAUGUGUGUGUGAUGAGGUCUGAAAUAGGGCUACCUCUUUCGGAGCAUCAGCUGGAAGAGCCUUGUGAUCCCCUCACGCCUGGUGAGCCACUCCCACAGAAUGUACAUAACCAUGGCAACCUGCUGUUACCCAAGGUAACCAGGGGGAGCCAGUCCAUAUCCAGACCAACUUGAUGGCAAGAGGAACUUUAAGCAGCAGAAAGGAAAUGUGGUCCAAAUAAAUCGUGUGUGUGUGUGCGUGCGUGUGUGUUAGCUCUGUGUCAGCAUGUGUGUGUAUCCCACUUAUCUGAAACAUUUUCUCAGUUAUGAUCGUAGUGGAAAAUGGUCUUAAGUUGAGCAGCAGACCCCACUCUGAAAGCAGCCCCUAUCUCUGUUCCAGCUGUUCAGCUCUUCUGUGGACUUUUGGUCAGUGUUGGUGUGAGGGCUGCAAUUCACUUCCUGCCAGGUGGCCCCUUCCACUAAUUUUGUCAAUCACACUGCAGCACCCUGUCUCGCUACCUCUCACUCACUUUC